AUGCCAAAAUUUUUCACUUCUUUGCUGUUGAUUGUGCUAUGUGUGCAGGGACAGGGCCAGCCAAAUGCCCCCAUCCCAGUGCCAUUUGUCGUGGCCUCUUUAGAAGCAAUUCCUCCAACCGCCCAAGCCUGCAGCGAGCUGGUCUUCAGCGGUUUGCAAUCACGAGAUUCCAGAGGGCAGCCUCUCCAGUUCUUCUGGGGUUUUGGCCCUGGAACCCCUUCGUGGUUUCGAAUUCCUCUAUUGGCUGGUGUUUUGGAAGAGGCCACGGGGCAAAGCUCCCCUCUCAUUACCAUCAGCCCAGCCAUUUUAUCCCGAGCCGGUGCUGAACUUGGAGAUCUCCGAGAAGGCGAGGUUCGAUUGGAGGUGCGUUUGACGGUGAGGAAUGAUCUUGGCAAUAGUACGGAAGCAGUCACCUCCUCCCACAUCGUUGGCUUGACCUCCCAGGCAGAACCUGCAAUUAGUCCGGUCGGCUCAACCAAUCUCAAGAUAAAACACAGUGAUGAUUUGCACUUGGAAGUCACCACAGGUGAGGCACCUUUCGCAUUGCAGUGUGCAAACCGUGACCCUGGCAUUAGUGCUGGUCGAACCAAUGUCACUUGGCAAUAUCGGUCCACAGGUCAGUUGUCCUGGCAGCCCUUAGAAGCUUCUCUGGGAAAUCUGGCUUUUGAUCCAAACCAUGUGAAUCUUGCACCUUACAGCUUUCAGCCUGGCACUUUUCAUCUCUUCCGUGCAGUGGCUGCGUUUGAUCUUCGACCCACUUUGGCACCUCGUCCGAGUGUGGUUUUCAGAGUGAGCGUGGAAGCCUUGCCUGCAGUGAAGGUUUUCAUUGUUGGCCCUCGGCUUGCGUCCCAGUGUAGCUUCGAGUUGGACGUCGAAGUUUGGGACCCCACAAUGCCACAAGCACGGAAGGAAGAUUUCCUUUAUUCCUGGAGGUGUUCUUCAGUUGUUCAAGUGGGUGAGCUUGACCUCUGUGCACAGCUCCCACCAUUUACAACCACUAACCCCUCGUUUGGACCAAAGUUCCGGGUGGAUGCUGGUCAGUUGGCCGCUGGAAUACAUCGUUUCUCGGUGAUUGUCCGCCGCGUGUCGGGCGGCCCUCAGAGCAUUGCUCGGCACCCAGUGCAUGUGGCACCGGCCUUUUUUGCAUCGCUGAGGAUGCGUUUUCCCUCUUAUGCUUAUACUGGUAUUGUAGAUGUCGCCGACGGUGCGCCCGCAGUGUCAGCCAUUAUGCAAUUGACUGGUGACUUGGGAGCUCGAUGUGCGGCACCUCAGGUGCAUUGGCAAUGGUUUCUAGUAGAGGACCGAUUGACACCUACACUGGAACGAGCUCUAAAUACAUCUUCGAUUGCAGCCGAUGGAUUCCUGGAACUGCAGUCGGGUGGUGGCGGCAUGCUUCUAGCUGGGGUUCAGUAUUUUCAUGUCCUCCUGCAAGCGGAGACCAAGAAUAUCAUGGAUCAAGCAACUGCCAAUGUAAGCAGGCCGUCCUUGGAUUCGGUGCUCCGAAAGGGGCUUGCGAUGGCUGCUAUGUCUCCCAAGUUUGUCGGUGAUCAAGUUCCAUUGGGUGGUGCCGUCUCUGUUUUGCCUGCAUUUCAUGGGAUGUCUUUGAGGACGACUUUUGCCGUCAAUACAUUCAGUUGGACAGAUGAAGAUCUGUCGGGUUUAGAGUACGAAUUCUUGACCUUUCCCUUUGAGGCACUCAAUGGAAGCAAUGGGCUGGCCGCAGAUUUGAACAUCGAUUGGGACGGUGCUUCAGUGGACUUGGAGCCUCAUGGGUCGGCUCGUCGAGACGACCAGGUCAAUGUGGCCGAUAGCAGGCUGAUCCUCAGUUCCAAGGACUCCAAGGCCGAGGCCGAAAAGACCUUCGAAGAGUUCAAAGAGAUGAGGCAAGACUACGAGAAGAUGCGCACUCGUCCGAAGCCUCGCAACGGGAAGCGCGUGGGGAACGAGGUGUGGUUCGACGCGAAGCUCAACACUCCGCUUGGCUUGGCCUUGGAUACGAGCUUCGACGGAGAAGCUGUCGGGGUGUCUGAAGUAAUGGAGGGCGGCAGUGCCUUUGAGUACAACCAAGGCUGCUUGCAGGAGGAUGCGGCCGAGAAGAGAAUAUGGAUACAGCCGGGCGACAGGAUUCUGACGGUCAACGGGGUGAAGACAAAAACAACAGAAGACGUGGUGGAGAUUGUCUCCAAGUUGAAAGAGGGCGAGAGAGCAAUCCUAAAGUUUUCUCGCCAAGCCCGAGGACCGGUACAGGUAGUUUUCCCUGAGCCUGCAGAUCCGGUGGUGGUGCGUGGCAGUUCCAAAUUGCAAGAUGCAGCCAGGGUUGCAGGCCAUGAUGUGAUCUACCGCUGUGAAGAUGGCCUUUGUGGAAGCUGCUGGCACGUCAAUGACAUGACUGGCGACAUUUACCAAUUGUGCAUAGAAACCACAACGGCUUCAGCUUUGCCAAGCAAGUCGGCCACCGCCGACUUCGUGGAGCAAGUUGGUGGCGUCAUGUCAGCCUUUUCUGGAGGCAAUGAGUGGAAGCCUGGAGAAUCCUGGGACAACACGGAGCCUCUGCGGUUGCGGCCUUGCCCAGAGAUAUAUGAGAAGUUCAUGAACCCUCACCUUGGCAAAUGGCAGUACAAUGCUGGCAAAUACAUGGUCCGUAGACCUGGCAGAUGGAUCGCGGUUGAGCUUGAACACUUAGCAAUUUAA